AUGGACGUCAACGACGAAGGCAUGCUAACUAAUGUGUUGUGGGUCCAUCCUCGUGCAAAAGCCGCAUAUGAAGAAUUUCAUGAUGUUGUCAGUUUUGACACAACAUACCUUGUGAACAGGUAUAGAAUGCCUUUUGCUACAAUUGUAGGCAUAAAUCAUCAUGGACAAUCAAUUCUUUUAGGCUGUGCACUAGUUACAUAUGAGGACACAAGAUCAUUCAAGUGGCUUUUUAUGAAUUGGCUCGAAGCAAUGGGAAAUAUUCAUCCUAAUGCUAUUUUAACCGAUCAAUGCGAAAGCAUCAAGUCCGCUAUCACUGAUGUUAUGCCUAACACUAUUCAUCGGUAUUGCUUGUGGCAUAUCCUUUGCAAACUGCCUCAAAAGUUUAGGAAUGUUGUUGAAUUCAACAAGGCAAUUAUCGAAUUCAAAGCUCUUGUAUAUGAUAGUCUCACUAUUGAAAUAUUUGAGAGGAAUUGGAAUGAAUUCUUGAUGAAGCAUGGAUUGGAAAGGAAUGAUUGGCUAAAGGACCUUUUUAAUCAAAGGCAAAGUUGGGCACCAGUUUAUCUGCAUCAUAAUUUCUGGGGUGGUAUGGUUUCUACUCAAAGGAGUGAGGGAAUGCAUGCUUUUUUUGAUGGUUAUGUUCACUCUAUGAGCACACUCAAACAAUUUGUUGAACAAUAUGAGAUUGCAAUGAGUACUAAGAUCCAGAAAGAGUUCCUGGCUGACUACGACUCGAAGUGUAAAGUGAUUAAAUGCAUAUCAGAGUUUGAUUGGGAAAUACAGUUCCAACAGGCAUACACAAAUUCAAUGUUCAAGUUAGUUCAAAAUGAGAUCAGGCGCUUGUUGUACUGCCAUGUUAUUCCGCCAACUGAAGAGGAAGCAAGGGCAGCAGCUACUAUGGUAGGUAUCGAAAAACAUAAAAUAAUGGAGAGAUGCAUAUUAAAUAAUUGGUACCAUAAGGAGUUUAGUUACACUGUUGAGUACAGAGAGAAUGGUGAUUAUUUAAGCUGCAAUUGCAAUAAAUUUGAAUUCAAGGGCAUACCUUGCUGCCACAUUUUUAAGUUGAUGUCCUUUAAAGACAUGAAAGUUAUCAAUGAGAGAUAUAUAUUAAGGAGGUGGAGAAAAGAUGUUGUCAGGCGCCAUUCCAAGAUUUUCUUUGCUGGAGGUUAUCCUCACAUGACUGAUGAAUUCAAGAAAUUCAAGGAAGUGGAAUGUUACUUUCAGGAAUGUACUGAUAUGGCUUUUGGUAGUAGAGAGAAGAUGGAGUUUAUACAAAGACGCUUGGCAGCUCUGAAGAAUGAUUUAAUUAAUUGGAAUGAUACUAUGGCUGCUAAUGAAUCUAUCACAAUAAACACAGAUCAGGAUGGAGAUCAGAAUUUGGAAAUUGGAGGUAUGCCAAUUUUGGAUCCAAAUGUUAUUCGUGGUCGUGGAAGGCCGAGGAGUAAUCGGUACAAAUCAUCACGGGAAGUUAAUCAAAAUAAAGGUAGGAUUUCAACUCGUGGAGGUCGUGGGGCUCGUGGAGGUCGUAGGGCUCGUGGAGGUCGUCGUGCUCGUGGAAGUAAUGAUGAUGAGAUUGAAGGUCAAGGAUCACACAUGAUAGAUUUGAAUGAGACUGUAGUUGGAACUCAAGGUAGCCAAGCAAUAUGA